CUGUCAGCGCCCUGGGGAGAAUCUGCCAUGUUGCCCCUGAGGAGGCGGUUAUUCAGAAGUGAUUCUCAUGUCAGCAGAAAACUCAACCAUCACAGUCCGUCUUGUUCGCUCUUUCGAACACCGGAACUUCAGACCUGUGGUAUAUCAUGGAGUUAACUUGGAUCAGACAGUAAAGCAGUUCAUUACUUUCGUGCGGAAGGAUGUGCCUUCAAGAACAGGACUUCCUCCUCCUUUCAAAAAUUACAAGUAUGAUACAAUGAAGAUUAUUCACCAAGCACACAAAUCUAAGACUGGUGAACUUGUAGUGAGUUUGGAGGAUGAUGACAAACUGAUUUUGAAAGAAGACAGUACGCUGAAAGCAGCUGGAGUAGCAAAUGAGACUGAAUUAGCAUUCUUCUGUGAGGAAGAUUACAGAAACUACAAAGCUAAUCCUGUUUCGGCCUGGUGAAGAUCCCAAGAGAUUGUUUUGUUUUCCCAUACCUGUUGUAAAUUUUCCUUAUUCUGCUUAAUGAGAUUUUUCUUAAAGAUCAAUAAAUCCUAGAGGAUUGCUUUGCAAACAGUGCAAUUCCCUUCCUAUAGAAAUUAAUUUCUGUCAAUAUGCUAAGACUGAGAGAAGGAAAACUGGGGGACAUAAAUGACGUUUUUUCUUUCUUGCAUUUCUUUUUCCUCUGCUUGCCUCUUACCAUGCAGGCACUGCAAUCUCUGACCUGUGACACACGUUGUUGGUGUGAUCCUAUAGCAGUCAUUAGCUACAUACGGAGAUUAUACAAUGCAAGGUCUCAUCACAGUACUAACUUUUAAUGAAAACGGAAACGUUUCACAUCCAAAUCAUCGGGUAUUUUAGAGAGCUUGAGAAGAGAAUCUCUCUGUUUCAAGUCAUAGCUUUACUUCUCUCAUUUUGUAUCUGGUCUCUUUUGUUUAAAUGGUACAGACUGGCAAGUGUUUCAUGCUCUUCACUGGUGAAUGCUUUCCUUUAUACUCUCUUCCAGCCCUCUUUAGCAUGCUGAAAGGGAAAAACGACUGUUGGGAGGCUUUUGUGUUCAAGGACCAGCUUGCCUAUUUCUAGCUUUACUUCAUGGAGACACCUUCAUGUACAAGGUAGCAACCUGAGUUCUGCCAGGACAUCAGUGUGCAUAAGUAGGAAUUGGGCAUUUUUCCAAAUGGAGUGAAGCUCGUGAUUUCAGUUUUAAGAAUAAAACCUGGAUGAUUGAAUUUUAUGAGGAGAGGCCCAGUCUGCAAGCCACAUGUCUUCAAGACUGGAAUUGAUUGUUUCCUGGUUUCCAAGAGCCAAAUACUCUGUUGUGGUAUGUUAGUUCUCGGUAAUUCCAUGCUUUCCUACUACAUUAACCAUAUCAAGCAUAAGAAAAAAUAAUCCUCCAUCCAAUAAAGUACCUUUAGAUAGACACUGCUUAUGAAACUGUUCUUUAGGGGGUACCAAGAUGGGACACUGUGCCUUUAAGCCUCUCUUCACUAAAAUAGAAGUGAUGCUGGCUCUCUGCCUUAGCAGGCUUUUUGGGCAUAGGCUCUGCUAAAUCAAAUGAGACCUCAUGUGCAAUUGCUUUAGACCCACACAUCUUCCCUCAGCUCUGGGUGAGAGCCGACAACACUAUUUCCACGAGAGACUUUCCAGAGAAGGAAGCUUACCAUUUCCUAGAGCUUUGAUAAUUUUUUUUUUAUAUUGACAUGUGAUAGUGAAAGCAGAUGUGUGAUUUCCAAAGUAUCUAAAUAAAAGUUCUCUUUACUUUAGAUGUAGGGCCAAAGAAACGUCUGUGUAUUGUUCCCACCUCAUUUUCUUCAUCCUUCCUGACAACUCUUUGGUUUAGGCUGGUUUCGGUAGCUGGUGUUACUCACCAACAGCUUUGCUUCAAACAGAGUUUUAUUCUCUUGUGAAAGUAGUCUACCACUUUGUCAUCUGCGAUUAAAGGGGUGGUUGUAUCUUUAUCUUGUAAGGAGGAGUCCCGUAUCACUGAAGACACCUCUGUUCUCUUGGGAUUUAGAUGCUGUUAUGCAUGUUCUGAUGAAUUAGUGAGGAGAAGUUACACUUGCCUCCUCUUUUUGUCCAGGCUGCCUUUCUGUUGCUGGUGCCCAAACAUGGGCCCGUGUCUCAGCUACCUUCUUACACAGUCUGUUGAGUUUGUCAGAUUAAUCUGGCUAAUACUAGUUUGUACCUGUCUUCACAGACAGUUUAAGCUAAUGCGUUGCAGUCCAGAGCACACCAGCUUUGUUCAGCCAAAUUUACAAUAAUGAAGGUAACUUUGUAAGAAGAAGAUGGCAUACUGGAGAGAUCAAUGCCUCAGAGUGGCCUACCAAGGCAUCUAGAUGACUUCCAUCAGCACACUCAAGCUUUCAGACUGAGCAAACGCUGUCAUUCUCUUCCUCCUGUUCUGGGGAUUUGAAUUUGGCCUCUAGUACUUUUAGACAGAUUUGAAUUAUUUUUGUGAUCUCUUUUCUCUAAGGCAUUUCUGUUUGAAAGAGUCACCAAAUUUUAACAAUUGUCCUUUCUAGGCUAGUGCAGUUACAAACAUUCAGUGCCACACAGUGAAAGAGCAAUUCUACAGCAUCAAGAAGAAAACGGUAAAUGUUUUAAUGCAAAUAGUCAAGAAUGAUGUGUCUGGCACUCCAGAUUAGCUUCUCUUUCCAAGGGAAGAGUUAAACUACUGCUUUGUGAGCUCUGUCAGCUCUGGCAACAGGACUUCAUUGGCUUCUUUCUGCAGCAGCACAGUAGAGCCUUUUGUAAUGCUCUCAAUGACCACACUUGAAAACUGGAUUCUUUCUGAAGUGUUUUUCUGCUGUGUUUUUUUUCAUUGGAUCUUUAAUAAUGGUUCUUUCAGAUAAACCCCACAAAGCCAUAGAUAAUAACUGAGAACUUGUUAAGAUAGAUGCUGGUCCAACAUUUUUCAGUGGGAUAUGGUUUAGCCUUGUAUCAAAGUAGGCUUGAUUCCAGGGUCAUUGCGUACUGAAUGAAAUCUGUGAACACUGGCUAAUAAGUUGCUAAAGACUGAGUUGUCUUUGCCCAUGUUGUUACGAAAUCUUCUUUCUAUUGAAGGAAACCACUGACAGAGUUGGCCCCAUGGUUCGUUAGCCUGGCAGAGGUCGUGAACUGCAUUGGUUUACAAUUACUGUUAGUCAAAGGUGGCUUCUCUAUAAUGUGUAGUAGGGUAAACCAUACAGCUUUGUUAGUGUUCUUAGACACCGUGGGGUUAAUGGGGAUUCAUCUUUCAGUAGGAUGUCCUUGGAGCCUUUCACUAGCCUUUUUGGUUUUUUUAAAAAAGGAACAGCAUCCAGAGUGGAUGCUGAAAUAAGAUGCAGCUUUUCCCAGGUUAGUGGCCUGUAGCAGGGAAAGGCAGUCCAACUGGAAGCUGGGGGCAGUUUUGGGCUUGGGUGUUUUCUGGAGAAAGAAAAUAACCUCAGAGAGACUGGAGGUGUGGAAGAAUAGCUACUAAAGCAGAAGAGAGGAAGUUAGGAAGGGAAUUACCACAGAGGAAGAAGAGGUAACUGAACAAUCACACAAAAUCUUGACUAUACAACACUCUUGGCACAGAAAUACUGGAGUAGUGCUGCUUUUUAUACCACUAAAGGUAUGAAAAUGGCGCAUUUUAAUUUGGAAUUGAACUCAUAAACUGCUGCAAUAGGCAUCUUGUUUUUUCUGGCUCUGUCAUGUUAUAUUUUCUGCAUGUGGCAGUUUUUGUGUAUUUUUCUGUCCAGAGGUAGUUAUGUUGCCCCUUGAAGAAGCAAGAGCUAAGAAAACUGCUGACAUUGAUAACUGAGUUAAAUGUUGACAGUUACCAGUGGCAUAAAGGAGUCCUCAAAGAUCUGAUAAGUACCACUGGUAAAGUUGGGGAACUGUUUUAUCAGAUGUAAACAUUCUGUCUGAGAGGUCAUCCAGAGAUAAGUUGUAAGCUGUGGUGUGAGCAUUUGUCACAUGCCCUGACAGACCAUUUACUUAAAAAAAGAGCUUGCAAGUAACAGUCCAAGAGUUACCACAGCCAUGACAGUACAACCAUGUCCUGUCCCUGCAAGCUAAUAGCCACAGAAAUCCUGAGUGUCCAGAGAUCAAGAGUGAGGAAACAGAACAUGUGAUUCUCAUUCUUGGUCUCAUAUGACUGAUGGGAUCUUGGCUUCAGAGGAACUUCAGCCGGCUGGAGGCAUUACAAAUGCUUAAGGCAAGGGCACACUUUUGCUUAUUGAACAGUUUGGACGGAGCUCAGUCUUGCUGGUUGGCACCUGAUCCUCCUUCUCUGACUUCCUUUUCAAAGUGCUACUUGGCACAGAUUCACAAAUGAUUAAUGAAUCAAGCAGUGGUGCCCAGAAGACAAUUUUACUACUUUUCAUAUUAUCAGGACGGUGACUUUUUCCUACUGCCUGCUUUCCUAUUGAGUUAGAGAAACAGACACACCCUUGUGUACUUUCCCUGCCGCUUCCCUUCGCUUCUUGCCGCCACCUCUGCUGAUUUGCAGUGCUUUAAUGGUUAGGUUUACACCUCAUCUGAUAUGCAACAGCAGCAUUUCCUGUGGCAAUAAAUGUACUUUUUUUUUUUUUUGUAUUCAUGAAGAAAUAUGUUUUGAAAUAUAGAGGAAACCUUUUCUACGCUGUUGCUAACGGUGCACAACAAAGGAAUCUUUGUUGCUCUACAGGAGGACUUGCAUAGGACAGCACUGUCCACUAGUCAAUGGAAACAAAAAUGGUUUUAUUAUAAUGCUUUGUAUCUUGGAAGGGAAUGGGAGAAGUCACAUCAGGAAUGCAAAAAAAAUGCAGUGAAAAGCCAAGACCUAUUGCCAUAAAUUGUCUGCAGAGAAAGCCACCAGAUGUCAGCACAGCCUGUUCUUUCAUUCUCCAGAACCCCUGUAAGCCAAGAAAUAUGUAAUGUUUAUGAAAAGUGCUUAUCAGUGAAUUGGUUUAGCCUGCAAAGUCUGUACUAGGGUUCUGGUGAUGAAAGCUGAAUCCUUCCUUGCAGAAAGUAUUUCUUUUUAUAUUAAAAUCAAAAAGCGGCAAAUUGAACUGGUAUCAGUGCUUAAAUUCCUCUUGUUAGAGAGCACCCUUUGCGGAGCCAGUUCCAGCAUAUCUAAAUCUUUGCAUGCUGUGAGGAGGCAUUUGCAGAACAUUCAUUUGAAGAAUUGUCUGGAAAAGAUCAGUGUUAAUUUGCCGAGGUUUUGUAAAGUAGACUUUAAGGAAAAGUAGACACAAGGAAAACCACCCAGAACAGACACACAUGCAAAGCAGAGCAAAACAUCUUCAGCAACACAGCUUAAACGCACAACAAAUGUAUCCUCCAUGCUUCUGACCCUAAGCUCCUACUAUUUCUUCCUUGUAGCGCAAGGGCUGAGGAGAACCUGGCACUGUGUCCUCUGGGCCACGCUUUCUGAGCUGUGAUGAGCUGAGAUGGGAUAUGAGUUUCAGAGCCCAAACCCAAGCACUGUGCACAGCUUUACGCUGUCAGUGAAUGAAGUGUGCAUAGGUGCUGCCUGGUUAAAAGGGUAAAUUUGAGUUGUUGCACAGGAGCAAGGUGUGACGGAGCUUUCUGCUGAGAUGCCUUUCACUUUCUUGCAGCAGCUUACAGAUGUCGGGGAGCCUAUCAAAGAGAGGGAAGUUAAGUGGCAGGUAGAGCCUGGGUGACCUAAAUUCUUCCUUCCUUCUGUUUUGGCCUGCUUCUUUAGUUCCUUUCUUUUAGCCUUGUGGCACUGGUGUCAUGCUAGGGGUUUACCACAGCUUGCUGUGUGUGAGAACUGCUUAUUGAUUCCAAAUGCACCAUAACCUUCAGCAACCAUGCACAAUUCAGCGGUGAUGCGUGGGAGAUAGCAGCUGUGCAGUCCUGCGCUGUCUGCGGAGGAAGACUACUGUGUGCAUGGGUGCAUGCAGCACGGUGGUGCAGGUUGUUUGGGCGGUGUUAGUCUUGCUUCUCUUCUUUCUGCACAGCACCCAGUUCUGCUUUGCUGGGGACCAGGACCUUGUCUUGAAGCAUGGCAUGCCUGGCAGAUAGCUGGGAGCCGAGAUGGGUGUUUGGGCUGGUGGUGCAGUGUGGGAGAGGAUGGGACGUAGAGCUUUUCUUAAGUGAACAGAGGUUUUUAAAAUGGAAGGUGUGGCGUUGAUCUGUUUUUCACACUACUUAGAGGUCACACCUUUGGGUCUCUGUAUGUAUUCGUGUCCAUCCAACUGGAGGACAUCUGUUUGUUUUAGGGUCAAAGUAGCAAUCCAGAAAUGAAGCCUCAUAUCCUAGCAGGUAAGUAUCAUGGCUGUUACUUCACACUACUCCCCUGCUCCAUCCCUCCCAAGUCAAAUAAUCCUGGUUUUGCAGAAAACAGACUUGAAUCUUGCACAGUAACUUUGUUUUCUAGAGCGCUGAAGGAGACAGCUACUUAAACGCAGACAUCUGUAGGCAGCUCUUUAAGCCAGCAGGCUGGCACCAGGCGGCAGCAGCUGAAGCUAGCUAAUUGCAGAUCAGAUAUGGGAAACAGAUAACAAGAGUAACUAACCAGCUGAACAGCAGCUGUAGUGCAUCCUCCACUGCUGAGGUUUCUAAAUCUAAAGCAGAUUAUCUUUCUAGGAUGACUGCUGUAAUACCACUUUAAGACUUCAAAAGAUUCCUGUAAUACUAUGGCUUGUAAUACGUGAUCCUCCCGACUGGCCGCACACAACAGUUAUUUUUAUUCUGUGAUUAUAAAAGUCCUGCGCACGCUCUGCUAACAAGAACUGUUCCUAAUCAUAGAUGGUGUCCUCCUGCUGUGUAUUGCAUGCUCAACUUUAAAAUAAGCCUGGUUCUGACUUGUACUAAAAAGCCUCGUGCAGCAAUUCUGCUAAAACUGAUGCUGCUUAUUAAGGCACAAUAAACAGAUAAAAGAAAACUGUCCUAGUGUAACAAAUCUCGUUCCUCAAACCUGAGGCACAGUCUGCAGAUCCCACUAGCUCUGUUCAUGAAAUUUGGAGCUCAAGGAUAACACCAGACUUUUGUUGCUGAUUGUAGCAGGUCACACAGCCGCGCUGGCCAUCUUGGGGACUGGAGGAAAUAUAUUGCAUGGAGGUUCUGAAGCAAGUGCAUCCCCUAAAGAUUUAACUCUAGUUUGAUAUAUCACUUUGUAAGGAAAUCCCUGAAGAGCAAGAAACCAAUUGCAGUGUUAAAAGCCUUGUAUUAUAAAACAGGAGGAGUGAGAGAACUGUACCUGCAGAGGUUAAUCUUCAGCGCAGGCAUUUAAAUGAACUCAUUAAAAUCAACUUACAAAUUAGCUCAUUAAAAUGCAGUGCUGCAGAUCCAGAAGUUGGUUGAUCUGGUAUGCCACUUCUAUGAAGAAGUGACUUAAGAAAGGGAGAACAAAUUGAUAGUAUUAAAACUCCCUUUUUCUUUCCAGUCCAAUAACCCCCCAUCUGGAACUGCCUCUUCCCUGAACUCUGUAUCAACAGCACUUUUUGUUUAGUGAAUUAAGCUUGCUUGAUCCUCUGCUACAAGUGCCGUGUAAUAUCACUAGCCUCUUGUAAUGAAACGUGUCUGUACGCACUUGUGCCCUCCCACAGGCAGAGGAACUCCGUAAUUGAGGCCCUGGCACCAUGGGCCACAGCAAUGAUUAUUUUCACUUAUUACCAUGGUAACGAGACUUUACCCACUGCUGGCUGUAGUGGGUUUUACUUCUUAGUGGUUACAUUCUAGAUAAUCACACUACUCUGCUAGUGCCAUUAGAGUAAUGGUGGUGUUUAGGGGGAGGAGAGAAAAAAAGACUCAAAUGCGUUCUGUUAUAUAGACCUGUUCAGAAUAUCUUUUAUAUAACUACAGAUGCCAGUGAUUAAAACUGGCCUUACUCUUACAGCUUCUCGGUUGGUUCUUACAUAUCCCAGAGGCACAUAGGAGGCAAUACAGAAAAUAAAAAUAUAAAGAGUUUACAUUCCAGCUAUAUAUUCUGCAAUAAUAGCAUAUGUGUGUACAUAUAUACAGAGAGCGAGAGAAACUCCAAGUACAAAACCAGUUUGUUGGUAAAUUUUAAGCUAACCUCACUAAACCCCCUAUCCACAUCAAAAAAUUCACAGGGAAAAGAUAAUUCAAAAAUUCCUCAAACUACUUUUCAGCAUUCCAGAAUCAGAAGAAAUUACUCCAACUGUUGUGUCAAGGGCUUCAAGGACCAGACGCCUACAGAGGGCACCGUUUGAAAUGCUGCUCUGCCUUUAUCGGAGUUGGUUUCAGCUUUUAAAAGGGUUGGUGGGUGGCUGGCUGGACAGUAUGUUGGCACAGGCAGUACCUGGAGACACUUGACGAGCCUUUUUUUAGAUGCUGUGGAGCUGCAGGGAUUUUGAGCUGCCUCGCCUGUCCAUCUGGGCUCCUGUCCAUCUGAAAAGCACCGUGCUGACUCAGUAAGGGAGCCAGCUCCUCAGAUAGGUCCGGGUGCCUGACUCUGCUUCUGCUCAUGAAAACGGUCCCUUUGCCAUUGACGGGAAAGGGCAUGUGGGCGUGAAAGGCAAGCAAAGCGAAGGUGCCAACCUUACUUCUGCUGGG